AUGCAGUUCUCCGCCAUCUUGACUCAAGGCAUUUUGGUCAGAUAUAGUCUCGCCAACGUAUUGUCUCCAUAUUGGCCAGUCGCAGUCCGAGUUGAACGAGGCCGUGCGAUGGUGCCCAUCUUUACACUACCGUUUCUUGCUGUCAUCGUGCCCGCCUCAGCUUUGAACUAUGUGGCUGACUUGCAGACGGUCGCAGAAAAUAGGGAGCGUAUCCGAGUAGGGAGCCAAUUGGAGUUGGAGAGCGGGUCCGAUUCUUCCGCAGAGGCCAGGGAGCGUAUGACCUUCGAUCUUAAACGCAUGGGCGUGGAAUUCGAGAGCCAAAGUCAGGACACUGUGACAUUCUCCCCAGCGGAGCGACUCGCUAUGCAUGCCAACAAGUUCGCGGCGGAGUUCGACGCCGACCUCGACAUGACCCCCGUCGUCACCGAGGGAAAGAGCGUGGGCGUCACGUUCGACAUGGAUACGGACUUCCAGCCGGUGUCCGUGCUGAAGGUCAAGAAGAACGGUGUUCUCCAGGAUUGGAACAAUGCUCACCCAGACAAGGCCGUGAUGGUUGGCGACGAGGUCGUCAAGGUCAACGACAUUCAGUGGCACGCCAAUUCACAGACGUUUGCGGAGCGUAUCAAGGGACAGUUCUUGGCUGCCAAGCACCAGAAGCCUGGCGCGAGCAACAUCCUGAGACUUCAUAUCCAGCGGCCACGGAGGGAGAGGGCUGUACGCUACGCGGCACAGCGCGAAGAUCUGCACAGGAAGCUCUACUCGGCGGAGUUCGUGGCGGAGAUCCCCAUGAAAGGCGUGCUCCCCCACGACCCCCUCAACCAGGCCAUGGGGUGGAGGCUGAACUCGUCAGUGGACUGGUCGCCUGUCUCGAUCGAGAAGCUCCGGACCACUGGCCUGGUGGCCAAGUACAACAAGGAGCACCCCGAGGCAAGGAUCGUGGCCGGCGACGAGAUCACCCAAGUGAACCACAUCCCGUUCCACCACAGCGCCACUACUUUCGAGGAGCGCCUCGGGGCGCAGUACCUGGCUGCGCGGACGAAGGAGUACACCGGGGCCCCCGACGAGAAGAACGUCCUCAGGCUCUACAUCCGGCGGCCGAGGUCGGCCGGGAACGAUGCCCCACAAGAUCAAGUAUACACGAAGUUCUAUUCGGUCAAUCUUAACCUGAGGGACGCGCACACGCUAGGCUGGCAGCUGAACGCCAGCAGCGACUCGGAACCGAUCACGGUCGCUAAGAUCAUGACUAAGAAGGGUCACCCCAUUCAGAUGUAUAACGAGGCUAAUCCCGACAACAUGAUUCGUGUCGGCGAUGGCGUCCUGAGGGUGAACGAUGUCACGUGGCACGGCAACACCAAGAAGUUCGCCGAGCGCAUCUCCAAGGAGUUCGAAAAGGUACGCCCGCGCCACGCCAAGGGCCAGAACAAGGACGCCCAGUACUACACAGUCAAUCUCACUCUGGCGGACAACCACGCGCUGGGCUGGCACCUCAAUGUUGGUAACGAUUCGGAUCCAAUCACUGUCGACAAGAUCAUGCAGAAGAAGGGUCACCCCAUAUACAACUACAACCUGGCCAAUCCCAACAAUCUGGUGCAGGUCGGCGAUGCCGUCCUGAGGGUGAACGACGUCACAUGGCAUGGCAACACCAAGAAAUUCGCAGACCGCAUCGACAAAGAAUUCGAGAAGGUACGGCCCCGCCACUCGAAGGACAAUACAACGGAGCCGCAUAAUACAACCCUGCAGCUGCUCAUGAAGCGUGGCAAUGAGCAGCCGACCAUGGGGCUGACCGAGGAGCCGCGCAACACAACCAUGAAGCUGUUUCUGCAGCGGCGCCUUGUGCAGCCGAUCGCGAAGGAGUGGACCGUGACGAUGCCGGCCGAGGAAGGAGGGGUGCUGGGCUGGCAGCUGGAUUACAACGAGGAGGAAUUCCCCGUCACAGUCUCCAAGAUCCGCACCAACGGAGUAGCCUUUGAGUUCAACCAGGAGCACCCGGAUUCGAGAAUAGUACCGGGCGACAUCAUCGUCAAGGUGGACGACCUCCUGUGGCGCGAAGACUCGUCGAAUUUUGCGAAGCUCGUGGGCGAAAAGUUUACGAAGGCCAAGAAGAAAGGCAACAUAUCUUUCUUCAUUAGGAGGCCCCAAGGAGUAAAGGACACUACCAAUGCUCUUUCUGCCGACAGGCCUUUCUUCAAGGAGUUUAUUGUUAAAUUGCCAGUACUUGAGUCGUUGGGAUGGCAGCUGUCGUCAGACAACGAUUCAGCCCCGCUGACUAUUGCCAAAAUCCGCACCACGGGCGCGGUGCACGAUUGGAAUGAAAAGAAUCCUCUGAACGACAUCCAGGUCGGCGAUCACAUCGCUAAGGUGAACAACGUCAUCUGGCACAACAACACGCAGGAAUUCACCCAGAAAAUGAACCUCCAGAUGAACGCCGCGCGCAAGGGCACGGCUAAGCCGACCAUCCAGCUGCUUGUCCAGAGGCCGUGGCGUACCUCCGAGCCCGAAUCGAACGAUGAUUCUGGCGACGAUGGGGUGAUCGGGGCGAGCGAAGACGUCUCGGGGGGUGGCGAGGACGAGAUGGGCGCCACCAACUGA